AUGAAGAGCACCAGUUUCUUUAGUCUGUCGGCCAGAGGUAGCGGUAAUGCGGAUGACGAGGAAAGUCAACACCUUAUGGAGGAGGUUAAUGAUUACUCCUUACCAUUUUCUUCUUUAGCGAGCCACCUAGAGAAGACAUUGAUUUACAAACGAGUAUACAUCUUUAUUAUACACGCUGCUCUCGUCCUCUUGGUUGGUUUGCUGCUGCAUUACCAUCACGAUAGUCUCAAUGUUAUGCCUCUGAAAGGUCGAACAUGGUCCCCCGUUCACCCGUUCAUAGAGUAUGAGGUCAACGGACAGCGCGCAACGGACCAUCACUACAGCCAAUUCUCAGGCCCACCCACACCAGAGCAAGACGAUGCCUGGGUCUCUCUGACAAAACCUACUGGGUUCAAUGCCACUCUCGAGGAGCUUGAUAAAGCUGGGGAGUCGUUGGAGGACUUGGCUCGGCUCAAAGAUGGUGGAUAUCCUGCCUCACUCGGCGUCUAUCAUCAGCUACAUUGUCUACGGCAAAUACGUUUAUACAUCUAUCGCAACAAAUACUACCCGAAUCUUACCGAGGACCAGGACGCGAACCUAAUCGCACAUAUCGACCAUUGCACCGAGGCGCUCCGCCUCGCCGUCAUGUGCCAUGGAGAUACCCACGUCUACUCUUAUUCUUGGGGCGAAUCGGCCUACAAGCCGGACGCAAGGUCUAGCUCGAAAUCUAUAUGUGUAAAAUGGAGUUCUAUCGAAGACUGGGCGCUCGCGAACAUGGUCCAUGCAGAAAGUAUUCUGCGCCCGGAGGAAUAUUCUGAAAGUCUAUCAUGA